ACUAAAUAAAAAUUCAUGGUCUCCUUUUCAUUUUACAGCUGUAUUAGUGGGGCAGAUAAUAUCAAACACCAGAAUAUAGUGGAUCUUUUUGGAGAGAUUGACCCCAAAGAAUCUAAACACAGGCGUACUGACAGGUCUGUGUUGUGUUGUUUGCUGAAAGCAGAGGCUGGGAAGUCAUGGCCACGACUCACCAAGGAUAAGGCAAAGUGCAACUGGCUAAGUGUGGACUUCAAUAAUUGGAAAGAUUGGGCAGAUGACUCGGAUGAGGACUUGUCCAGUUUUGACAAAUUCUCUGAGAUGAUGAACAGUAUGGGAGGAGAUGAUUUACCGGACUUUGAUGGUGCAGAUGACGAGCAUGAUUCUGCAGACAGUGAUGAUGAAAAAAUGCCUGACCUUGAGUAGAUGAACAGGGAUGCCACCUCAGUAGUAAAUAAAGUGAGUUUGGAGGAGGGACUAUACAUGAGUUGGUAGACAGGCUGGAGAAGAAACCUCAUCUCUCUGUUUCCAAAGAGAAACUCCUCCAAGAAGUGACUGGGAAUGACUGUUGGAUACAGACAUGCACAGAGAUCCUGGGCGAUGUACAGUGCUGUGCUUUGCUGUUCUGCAUGAACAAUUCUGUUCAAAUUAAAAUGUUGUUCGUUGACUUCAGUGACUGUAAUGGGGCGUGCCUAUGUCUUACACUUUCUCUGUUUUUUGCGCUGGCCUUUUAUGUAUUGAACAUGGUGAUUUAUAAUGGAAAAACUCAAAAUUCCUUUUUUUUUUUAAAGGUUUGUUUUAUUUUUAAUGACAUAUCCUCCCUUCAUGUUUGUAAAGUGAAUUGGCAUUUUAAGUGAAAACGCAAGGAGCUUUUGUUGUGUUUGUUAGUUUAGACCACAUUAAUCCUAGAUACGUUUUUCACCAGUUAUACAGCUUCUUGAGAAAGUGGAAUAGAGAAGGAUUUUCUUUAAAAAAAAAUGUGCAGUUUGCCAGAAGGCACAAUGGGAAACCCGAGCUGGGAUUUGAUCUGUUAUUUUGCUUUACAGUCCUCUUCUAGUCCACCCCAACAUGAAGCUGUGAACAGUGGUCCAACAGGAAGAUGUUGCACCAUUCUCAUUUCUCCACUCCUCCGCAGUAGCCUGUAACUCUUUUAGCGUUGUCACUGUGUCUUGAUGGCUUUCCUCACUCCUCUCCUUCCAGCAGAGUCACUGAUUUUCAGAUCUGCUUACUUGACUCAUAUUUGCCCCACAGUACCAUAAGUUUUGUAUUUCCUAAUGAUUGAUGUGAAUGAAGUCCAAGACCUUUUCAGACUUGGAAGUGAUCAUGUAUCCACCCAGACAUGUGUCAAGAGAACUGGCUGUAAAGGUGAUGAUUUAAUCCUUAUGUUUUGGAUAAAUGGCCCCUGUCCCAAUUUUUUUAUUAUUAUUGAAGCUGUUACAGGUCUGAAAUGCAGGAAUGGAUGUGUAUUAACAAAUGUAGUUGUCCACACAAAUCAUGAAAUAUCUUGUGUUCAUACUGUCUGCAAUGAAACAGUAGUCAAAGUAAAUGUGAGAAUCAAUGCUUCCCCCCAACAGCAAAAUAAAAUAUAAACUCUGAUGGUCUGAAUAUUUUUGGACCAUCACAGUUUAGAUUUCUGGCCCUAACUGAUUAGUUGCCCAGAGCGGAGUCCAGGUGAAACAAUUUUCUUUGAUCUAUCAAAUUGCUAAGAAAUGCAACUAGAACAACAUAAAGUUCAUGUUUCUCACUUUGAUUCUCAAAAUGAGCUUUUUAGUCUGGCAUAUCUGAUAACUACUCUUAAAGGCUUUGACCCCAUUACCUUUGAUAACUUGACUUAAACCUCCAAGAAGUCAACAGUGGGGUUAGCGUGAACCUCAUCCAGCUCUGGGCUUUUGGUGAGCUGUAGGAGAUUAAGAUUAUGUGCCAUUUGAAAGAGGGCCUAUAAAGGUUGAAAAUUAAAAGAUCAUGUAACAAAACUUAAGCCUGUCUUACAAUGCAGCUAAAGACAGACACAAGCUUUAGUUCAAGUGACAGUGGGGCCUUCCUGUGCAUUUUUUUUUUUUUUAUUUAUUAUUUGAGAUCAACUGACGCAGUUGUGCAUUUUCCAGCAUGUGCUGAGAUUACAGUUGUAGAAUGAUGCAAUCUCUGCGGAGUUCUGUUCUAUGCCACUGUACAAAAAAUAUUGCACAUUGUAGCAGAUCCAAAAAUGAAUUUUCUUCCAUAUGCAUACUGAGGAAAAGGCAGAAACCUUGUUAUCUAUCAAACGUCUCCUAAAUCCAACAGUACAGGUCACAAAUGUGAUUAACAAGAUAGAAUUGUGCUUUGAAAAUGUGUUUGGUUCAGUAUGUGUUGAACAUUUUUGCAGUUGUCUGUGGGAGUUUGAUUUUACGUUUAUAAUAAACUUUCAGACUGCUGAAUACAAAGA